CCUCUCAAAAACAGUUUCCGGAUGAUGUAAGCGACAAAUCGCCACAUCUGACAGUCAGAAGAUUGACUCAGACAAAUCCUCGACGUAAAUCGCCAGAAGGAGACAGAAAUCAGAAUGGACUUGAGUGGGAAGUUAAUAAUAAAAGUCCAGCUGGGGGAUGACAUCAGAAGAAUCCCGAUACACAAUGAGGACAUUACCUACGACGAGUUAGUGCUGAUGAUGCAGAGAGUGUUCAGAGGAAAACUUAACAAUGAUGAUGACAUUUUAAUCAAAUAUAAAGAUGAAGAUCAAGAUCUGGUGACCAUAUUUGAUGACUCUGAUCUGUCCUUUGCCAUACAGUGCAGCAGAAUUCUUAAAAUAACCUUAUUUGUAAAUGGACAUAGUCCCGUCUCCUCAGGAACUAACCCCCAGCUGUCUACUGUUAGGAGGGAACUCCGACAGAUACGAGACAGGGUCACACAGCUCCUAGAUCAGAUGGAGAUAGGAGAACAGGAAAUCACCAGCUCAGUAGACAGCAAAAGGGCACCUGCUGCUAAAGAUGAACCGAUGGUUGUGUCAGAGAGCAAUCGUCGGGUAGAGCAUCCCACCUCUAGUCAGCCCCGGGAUGUGUCCCACAGUAAGGAGUUUGAUCCCUACUCCAGUCAAAAGUCAGUGGAGGAAAAUAAUCCCAGUAAAGUCAUGUCCUCAUUUGGAAUGAGUGGACAGGAGAGAUCUGGCACCCCUGACAGUAUCUCCAGUAUAGGCUCAGCCAAUAAACACAAUAUCCAGCCCUCCCCUUCCCCUGCCACCCCCGUCUCCCACCCCUCAGCUUUUGUGUCCCCCCAGCCAGUUCAGAGCCAGCCCCGUGUGGUCACCCCACAGCAACACCCCGGUCAACCAAACUAUAGCCAGCAACCUCAGCAACCCACAGGUUAUCAGGGGCAGCAACCAGGUUAUGGCCAGCAGGCCCCAGACAAUGAGAAUUGUACCAUAAGCUUCCCUGGUGGACCCCAACAACCUGCUCCCCCAUCACAAUCUGGUCCACAGCAGAGACCCUUUCAGAGCCCUGCCACCUCCCAACCUGACAGACAACCCAGCCCCAUGACUCAAGGAAUGUCCCCAGGCCAGCCCUCUCAGGGCAUGGCACCAGGUCAAGGCAUGCCUCAAGGCCAACCAGGAAUGCCUCAAGGCCAGCCAGGUAUGCCUCAAGGCCAACAGCAGGGCCUGUCUCAAGGACCCCCACAAUCACAGGGGGUACCCCCCGGACAGCCAGGGUUCCCCCCACAACAAGGUGCUGGUAGCUAUGGUUACGGACAGUAUGGAGGACAAGGCAUGCCUCACCCUGGUCAAGGUCAAAUGCCUCCAACAUCAUCAUCAGCACAGUGGAAUCAACAACAACAGGGAAUGUAUCAGGGAGGAUAUGCCGGUCAGCCACAACCAGGAGGUGCCCCACCCAGUGGUGCUGGACCCACCCCCGGGGGUCAGCCUAACCCCUUCUCCAGAGGGGGAGGGCCGGGAGGAUACGGUAGUUACCCCAAACCCGCCCAGGGCUAUCCAGGGUAUAAGUAAUGUAAAUGUCAUUUUAAAUAAAUUUUAAAACCUUUGUUAAUGUUUGUAAUAUAUUUGCUUUAAAGUCUGUGGAAGCUCUGUCAAAGUGAAACAUUUAUUCUGCAAAGUUUCUGUUUUUAUUUUCGUGCAAUAUUUACUGAGAAAAUGUAUAAAUCUGAAUUGUCAAAGGCAUCCAUUUAAUUCACUUUGUAGACUCUCAAACCAAUUCAAACAGUGAUCAUGUUUAACAUUUCUCGGAUAUUGAUCCUGAUGAAAACAUUAUGCUAUAUGUAUUUUUUCUUGAUUUUAUAGUAUCAUAAAUAUGUAUGCAUUAAAUAUUGUUUAUUUGAGAGAUUUAUGAAUGUCAUGGUAGUAUUGGUGAAAGAAAACUGUAUUAUUGUGAAUAUGUUAUUUUAAUCAAGAUCUGUUAAAAAUGAUAAUUCAUUAUGAAGUGAUGUGUAUAUACAUGUACAGUGUACAUAUUUUUAUUGUACAUAUGUACAUGUAUUCAUUAAUUGGUUGUGUUUUGUAAGACUGAAUGCUUGCUCGAAAUGAGAAGUUUAUACCCAUAUGAUAUCACAUUGCAUGAUUUUGUUGUUAUAAAUAAAAGCUGUACUGUAUACCAGUGGAAUGACCCAUCAAUUUUUAGGUCACCUGAUAAAUUUAUAUUUAAAAAAAAAAAAUUAAAUUGUAAUUUCAUAGAAUGAAAGCAAAGGUUUGAAAUUAGUUGAGGUUAAGUCAUAUUUUCAGACCACAUGAAAAGAACAUCAUUUUUAACAAUUAAUUAUCAAUUGUGAAAGCAAUCCAAGUCAAAGUUGUUUACAGGAUUUCAAUAUUUUAAAAAAUUAUACUAAGUCUUAAAGCUUUUAAAUAAGUGAGCUGCUUGCUUCAAGGUACAUGUACAUCUAUACUACUACAUGUACCUUCCUUUACUUUAUAUAUAGUAAUCUCAAGAAGAUUCCAAGCAUUCAAAUAUUAAUCUAAGUGAAAAUAUGAUAAAAAGCAUUUCUUGUAAUCCCAUCGUAGGUGAUGUAUAUCAUUUCAGAUAUCACUACAAUAUCUGUAAUAGAAUGUGAUGUUUUAAAUAAAUAUUUUUUUUGUUAUA